AUUUUAUAUUUCUAGGUUCCAACCUUUGGAAAUGUAUCACAGUCAAAACAAUUUGAUAUUGCCAAUAUAUCAGAAAGUGUUACUUCUUGUGAGCCAUCGUAUGCAAUUGAUGAACAGUCUUUCCAAGUUCACCAACAAAAUACCUCACCUAGUAUGAUAGGUAAUGUUAAUAAUAUUCAUUCUCAGACUGUAGUGCAAGAGAUGAAUCCAUUGUCACUUGAUGUUACUACUAGACAAUCAGCCCUUCAAAAUUCUUCCUUGGUGUCAUCCGAUAAUAUUACUUCAAUGUCCAGAACACUAAGAACAGAGAGAAAUGAUUCUUCUUUAACUUCUUUUAAAACUCUAAAUGUGCUGCUAAAUUCAGAAAAGCAUGGAAUAGAUCAGCCAGUAUCAGAUUUUAAUUGUGCAAUGAAUAUUGCAUCACAGAGUACUAAGCAAUCAUCAUUUCAUGUUACUGGACAAUUACAAUCUCAUUUGCCUUCACAAGUGCCUAUGGCUCUUUCUUCUCAAGCAAGAACUGCACAACAAGAAAGAUUUAUUAAUAGUAGAUCUUCAAAAAAUCCUCCACAAAUUUCACCUUCAUCUAUUCAAUAUAAUUCUGGUAAUAUUAAUUUAACCUAUCAAACCCCAGUUCAUACUGCUAAUGCAAUUCCUUCACAAAUACCACUUACUACUCAAAGUCACAUCAAUUUGAGUGCUGUUAAUUCAUCAACAAUGACUGCAGUGAAAUCAGAAUCAACAUUACGCAAAAUGAAUAGUACUGGUGGAUUGGUGAUAUCAUCUAAACCAGAUACAAAUGAGUUAUCAAAUGAGUUGGCUCAAAUUCGGAGACAUUCCUAUACAGGAUUAAGUGUGGAUGAAAUUUUAUCUAGGAAAAAUAUGCUUCAGAAUAGGACUAAUUUAUCCAAUUUAACGAAUAUACCAAAAAUGGCAUCUGGAGAGAAGUUUGUGAUUCCAGAAACACCUAUAAAGCAAAGAGUGAGAUCAAGAAGUGUUUCAUCUCCACAAGCUGGUACUCUAAGUACAAAUUCCUUACAACCCUCCUCAUCAGUUUCUCUGAAUAAUGUUAGCACAAGUCCACCUCCAAUAUCACAACAGACUCAAACUGGAGAAAGUCUUUCUUUUGCCUCUAAGAAUUCUUUUGUGUCAAAUACAAUAUCAAACAGAAAUAUCUCAGGAAUUCUUCCACAAAAUGCUGUUUUAGCUCAGUUGCUAAUGUCAGGUACAACAAUAGCUCCUCGUUUGGAUAGACCAUUAUCAUUCACCAAUGUGACUACCACAACAACAACCACCACUACACUUUCUUCUACAGUUACUAUUAUAAACAGUAUUCCACCAUUAGCUGCAACUACACCCACAUUUGUGCUGUCACCUGUUGCUAUUGCUACAGUUGCAAGUGUACCAACAUUACAAAGAAAUUUAUUUGUUGAUACUGCAACUAAUCAAAUAGUUGGAUGCCAAACCUCUACACAAGAUGGUAUCCCAGCUAGUAUUUCACCAGCUUUAUUAAAUUCUUCUAUUGACGGAAGUGGAUCUCCAAAUAAACCUUUCAGGCCAAAAUCAGAUGAAGAACGUGUGCAAUAUAAGGAACAUCGUAGAGUAUGCCAUAUUAAUGCAGAGCAGAAACGAAGGUGUAAUAUUAAGAAUGGUUUUGAAUCAUUACGUCAUUUAUUGCCAUCAUUGAGUCAAAAUCCAAAUGCUAAAGUUAGUAAAGCAGCAAUGCUUCAAAAAGCUGCAGAAUAUAUUCGUGCAUUAAAAGUAGAACGGCAGCAGCAACAAGAAGAAGCAGAAUUGCUAAGACAGAAGAGAGAUAGUUUGAAUGAAUCAAUCAGUUUAUAUCAAAAGCAAUUGCCUGCAACAGGUGCUCCUAUUCCAUGUCAAAAGACAAAUAGGAUGAGGGAAUUAUUUGAUGAUUAUGUAAGGACACAGACAUUACAGAAUUGGAAAUUCUGGAUUUUUAGUUUAUUGAUGGAGCCAUUGCUUGAAGCUUACAAUGAUACUGUUUCAACUGGUAGUAUAAAUGAAUUAUGUGAAUCUGUGUUAGAAUGGGUAAAUCAGCAUUGUUCACUUAUCACAUUAAGGCCAGGUGUUUUAAAUUCUCUGCGUAACCUCGGCACAACUACCAACAUUCUCACAGAUCCAACACGUUUGCCCGAAGAAGCAACAAGAGCCGUGGCAAAGAAGGAGACCAACCUACACUGAUUUAUUGCAAUAUAAAACUUGUGGCAUUUGCUUUAUACUUUAUAAACAAUUUUAACAAUGCAAUAGGGGAGAGCAGGAAUGUUUUGAUUUGCUUUAUGGUUUAUAAGUAAUCAGAAAUAAACAUUUGUAAGCAUUAGAGAGAUUGCGGCCAACAUUUUCAUUGUAAAAACAUGAACGUUGGAUGUCGAGUGCCGCAAUCUGGCAAGUCUAGAAGGUUGAUAAUGAUGUUUGCUAUGUCUAGCAUGAUGAAUAGAAGUUUGGCUUAAACUUCUUCAUUUUUUUUUGUGUUUGGGGUUAAAAUUAUGACAUAUUUUAUUAAAAAAACAAUUAUUUAAACAUUUAUGAAUAAUACUGAAAAGAAACAGACGAUU